UAGCCAAUGAAGAGUGACAGCUGGUUAAUCAGGAAGUAAUUAAAUCACUCAAACGGGCACGCUGCUUUGUUUUGACGGGAGUGCGCAGUUUGAACAGCAGGAGGUUAACGUCAGGAUCUCGCGCUACAGCCGUUUUUGGCUACUCUAAAAUGGGCAUAUUUGUCCUGAAGUGGUUUUUCCUGCUGGUCCUUCACGCGUCGACGUAUCCUGCUGCCGCGCGAAGAGAGAGGAAAAAUGUCCUUUUCAUCAUGGCAGAUGACUUGCGGACAUCUCUGGGGUGCUAUGGGGAUCCGGUGGCUAAAUCGCCCAACAUUGAUCAGCUGGCAUCCAGAGGCCAAGUCUUUCUCAAUGCCUUUGCGCAGCAAGCUGUGUGCGGUCCCAGUCGGGUAUCCAUGUUAACCAGUCGCAGACCAGACACAACCAGGCUCUAUGACUUCAACUCCUACUGGAGAGUCCAUUCUGGAAACUACACGACCCUGCCACAGUACUUUAAAUCUCAGGGGUACUUCACUAUGUCUGUGGGCAAGGUGUUUCACCCAGGCAUUGCCUCCAACAAUACUGACGACUAUCCUUACAGCUGGUCCAUCCCAGCCUAUCACCCACCUUCAUUCACAUAUGAGAAACAAAAGAUGUGUAAAGGGGAGGAUGGUAAACUCCACAUCAACUUGCUAUGUGCCGUGAAUGUGACCGAGCAGCCUGGGGGAACCCUCCCUGACCUGGAGAGCACAGAGGAGGCGCUGAGGUUACUGAAAAGUCGAGUCAACGAUGACGAUCCUUUCUUCUUGGCUGUGGGUUUUCAUAAGCCGCAUAUACCUUUUAGGAUUCCUCAGGAAUACCUGACCCUGUAUCCUCUAGACCAAAUGACUCUGGCCUCCGACCCAGAUAUCCCUGAACGCCUUCCCACUGUGGCCUACAACCCCUGGACAGAUGUAAGGAUGAGAGAGGAUGUGCAAAAACUCAACAUUAGCUUCCCCUACGGAUCUAUACCAAAAGACUUCCAGCUGCGUAUCCGUCAGCACUACUAUGCUGCAGUGUCAUAUAUGGAUGCUCAAGUUGGGCGGCUGCUCAGUGCACUGGAAGAUCUGGGGCUGGCAGACAACACUAUGGUGGUGUUCACCUCUGAUCAUGGUUGGUCACUGGGUGAGCAUGGUGAAUGGGCUAAAUACUCGAAUUUUGAUGUCGCAACACGCGUACCUCUGAUCUUCUUUGUUCCUGGUGGCAAUGAAGCCGGUACAUCAACCUUCCCAUUUAUAGAUGUCUUAAGGGAAUCUGUGCACAGCAUCAAAAGUGGCAAAGUUAGAAGUAGGCUGGUGGAGCUGGUGGAUGUCUUUCCUACUGUGUCCUACCUGGCCGGCCUCAAAGUUCCUGUGCAGUGCCCUGACAUUUCUUUCCAGGUGGAGUUGUGCACCGAAGGAGAAAACCGUGCCUACGCUGCUCCACAAGGGCAAAGCGAGAGGACUCCAGAAGAUGUAGCUUUCAGCCAAUAUCCUCGCCCUGCUGAUACACCACAGGAGAACUCUGACCUCCCUGACCUCAAAGACAUAAAGAUCAUGGGUUACUCUCUGCGCACCUGGGACUACAGGUACACUCUGUGGCUGGGCUUCAAUCCCAAAACAUUUCAGGUGAAUGUGUCUGACGUCCAUGCUGGGGAGUUGUACAUGUCAGCAGACGACCCCGGUCAGGACAAGAACAUCUUCAAUAACUCUGAUUACAGUGAGAUAAUGAGGAAGACUGCCAGCCUUCCUCAGACUGUUGGCUUGCAGAUGAGAAUGAAGCUGCAGUUCCACUACCUCACAGCCGGGAUGAAAACGAGCAGAGGGAAGGCAUGAGGACGGGAACGAAGCCCAACAGAUGGGGACGAGUAAAAAAGGACAAUGGAUGAGUGAAAGGGGAAAAGAGGCUUGAACAUGAAUCGUAUUAUGUGCUGUCCAUGUAAUUUGUGUGCACUAUGUUCUUCAGGCUGAUGUUUGUGCUUGAGAACUCAUUGGUAGGCAGAUCUCAUGCUUUGACUUAGACAACAUUUCAGAGUGGAGUCCAUGUUUAGCAGAAUAGUUUGACGCUAACAAAAGGAAAGGCGCCUGUGUGCAGAAACUUGUAAUUCAUUCAUCUUCCUUCUGUUAAACACAGCUCCUCGUCUCUUCACAUCAGCCAUUCAUGUCUGUGUGAACUGAAGGUUUGGUUUAUUUGGAGGAAGAGGCACGCUAACAUGAGCACUACUGCGGUUAAAGAAACCUUUGCCUUUUGUUUAGAGGUUGGAUAAAGACGUUGGUGCCAUGCCGAUAUAAAAACAACACCUUUAACUCCUUGAUGUAACCCUUAAAUGUCUUUUACAAACUGAGUGGUUUGUCACAUUUCAGGGCUGCUUGUAGAACAAAUGACUGAGUUUGCAUCAGAAGCUGGUGAUCGUCAUCGAACCAAAACCCGUCAUUGAGGGUAGAGGGGAGGUUGCUGAUGUCUUCUUUAAGGGGGAAGGGUUUUAAAGCCAGCUUAUUUUCUAAUUUUGCUUGAUCACUGCACAAUAUAACUGGCAAGAUUAUUUACUGGAAAAGCGAUACUUUAUUUUAACCAAGCUCACCAUAUUUGUGUUACCAGUUAACCCCAGAGCUGGCUUGGUUAGUAAGGUACAUCCUUACAUGAUUCACUGACACGUGUGUGGUUGGAGGAAAACUGGGCUUAGAACAAAAUGUACUCAGUGUAGAAAUGAACAUUUGAGUCAAAGCUGCAAUUUGAAGCCUUAAUAAAAUGUCAUCGUGUGAGUCACGUUAAGAUUGAACCACCAUACUGUGGGCAGAAGCAGGGACACUGGUUAAAGACCAAACCUUUUUUCUUUUUUGGUAUCAGGGUGUGAACAUGGUUUUUUUUCUUAUUUAAAGUCGGGCAUUUUAACACGGGAAUCUGUGGGAACAGACACAACCUUUGGAGCCGGCUACAAGAGGAAGUGCAGUUUUGGUUUUUGCUUGUUUGCUUCAUUUCCCCCCAUACAGCUGUGUAGAGUUUUGUAGAGGAAGUGUAACCUUCAGAGCUCGAGCUGACUUGUAGUCACCAUACUAACAGUGUCCAGGCUCUUCAAACUCUAUUUUCCCUGAAAAAACAAAAGCAAACCCAUCAUUCCUUUAACACAUCCCAUUAAACCCACAGGUGUCUGUGCCGCUGGACCACUGACAGGUUUCUGUGGAAAUCUACACCUCAGACUAGAUAAACGUGGCAUCUAGAAGUCUUUUCAUUGAAAGGAAUAUUGAGGAAACUUGCAGAACUCCUUUAAUGCUGACACCCAUGUUUGUCUUCAGUGUACUGGUAAACUGCUUUAAGGGGAAGUCUCUCAGAAUAGCAGCCGAUAGGGACUUUUGUACUGUAGUGUUAAACAAUAUGACAUUUCUAUUUGCACUUGAUGUUACUUGCAGCUAUUUGCCCCCCCCUCGUAAACAGUCAGUUCAGAUCAAUUCAGAGACCUGGAAUGAAGGGAGUAAAAGCCACCCAUAAUUAAAUGCAAAUGAAACAGACUGUAGCUACAUUUACUGUGGUUCCAGUGCGUGAACACUCGGUGCCGUGAUAAUUUAGAAGAAAGCAAUUUCAGCUUGAACUUCAGGUCCAACAAUGAAUGGAAGGGAUUUGCUCUGUCAACUUUUAUUGUUGGCUGCACCGGCGUCAUGUUAAUGAGAUCUAAAUGAAUCUUUUAUCAUCAGCUGGCUUCUGACAGGAGUGAGGAUGUGGAAGAAAUCUUAAGGUGGACUUGCAGUGGUUCGUCUGUCCUGGUUUCCUGUGUGCUGUAACACACCAAAUCUCAGGAACAGUAAUAAUCUGUCAGUGCAGACUCUGACUAUAGAAAAUGAUAAUUUGCAUUAGAGCAUCCUGAAGAGCUCUUUCGGACGGGGGGCACAGAAUUAAUCAAAUAUCAGGUUUUGCAACAACACACAGUGUGUAUAUUUGUCUAUUUUGAUUAUUGAACAUAAGAAUAAAAAAAUUGUUGUGCGUGAGCAUUAAAAGUUUGUGAUCACA